UACGCGGCGACGUGAAGACCGCCACCUUUAUAGAAGGCGCGGCGCGUGGCGGCAUGUGCAUUGUGUCUGGAAAACGACGCCGUGAAACGCGCGCACCGCCGCGCUCUUCCUGUUGAGGCACUUCUUGGCCUCCACGGCGGCAGCCCCGCUGGCUGCCAUCGGCCGCCGAAGGCGAGAAUGACGCUGUGACGCGUCGCUUUGUGUGUUCGCCCCGUCCGCCCAGCGCUCCACCGGGAAAAGAGAAAAUGGCCGAGUUAUACAAGCCCGCUUCCGCCAUGGCAGCAUCCAACGCGACGGGGCUGCUGGUCGACGGCGUCCUCGAGGCCUUGGACGGCCCCGUCGGCGCGGGCACGGCCUCGGGCACGGCGCUGCUGGUGGCCAAGGUGACCGGCAUGGUGGUGCUGGGCGUCGUGUCCAUGAUGGUCGGCCUGCUGCCCAUCAAGCUCGCCAAGUGGAUGCAAUGGUCGACCGACGGCGAGGUGGUCAAGCAGACCGAGGGCGAGGAGCAGUCGGCGCCCCCGACGGACAGCGUGACCCUGUCGCUGCUGCUGUGCGGCGGCGGCGGCGUGCUGCUGUGCACCACGCUGGUGCAGCUGCUGCCCGAGGUGCGCCUGCAGCUGCUGUCGCUGCAGCGGUCCGGCGCGCUGCCCGAGACGCGCGUCCCCGCCGCCGAGCUGCUGCUGGUGGCCGGCUUCCUGACGCUGUACCUCGUGGAGGAGCUGGUGCACCGGCACCUGCACAAGGCGCACGCCGCCGAGGCCAGCGCCGAGGCGGGCCACCACCACGGCCACAGCCACGGCCACGGCCACUCCCACGUCCCGGUGGCGGCGGUCGUCGACGGCAAGGGCCAGCUCGGCACGGCGGCGCGCGGCCUGCUCGUCGUCCUGGGGCUGUCCGUGCACGAGCUCCUGGAGGGCCUCGCCGUCGGCCUGGAGCGCUCGCCCGCCCGGGUGUGGGCGCUGUUCGUCGCCGUGGCCUCGCACAAGUUCGUCAUCUCGUUCUGCGUGGGCGUGCAGCUCGUGGGCAUGGGCAGCAAGGCCUCCUUCGUGUGGGCCUACGUGGGGGCCUUCUCCUUCAUGAGCGCGCUCGGCAUCGCGCUGGGCAUGGCGGCCACGGCGGGGGAGGGCGUGGCGGCGGGCGUGACGGCGACGCUGAUGCAGGGCGUGGCGGCGGGCACGCUGCUGUACGUCGUGUUCUUCGAGGUGCUGGAGCCGCAGCGAGCCUCCAGGCACGCCGGCAUCAAGCAGCUCCUCGCCGUCACUGCGGGCUUCGCCACCAUGUUCGCCAUCCAGCUCGCAGUGGAAGCUGUUUCGGAAUGACGCUGAAGACCCCCAACAAGCGCGUUGUACAUAUUUAUACUCGACUACUUUUACUUUCAUUGGAUCUCGAACGGGCCAAAACAAACAAGACACAAUUCAAUUCGUCCGCGUAUACUGG